AGAUUCUUUCUUUUUUUUCUUCAAAAAAAAAUUAAAAUGAGGAAAAAACAUACCAUGGAAGAGUAUAUUGCUUUACAAAGGGUACUUAAGCCAGAAUUAGGGCUUUUCUUUCAAAACUUUGACAGAGACAUCCGGCUUAUGUAUUAUCGGUUACGAGAAACCUUUAAUCAUGAUCGUGCCAAAAUCGAGAUGGCUCUUAUUAUUGCUAAUGCGUGGGAUAAAGGAUUUAGCAAGGAAAUUGUCUUAUCGUAUCUUGGCAAAGCUCUGAAUCAAUAUGCUGAAAUGACGUCUAAAGAAAUAGCUGCUAUAUCAUUACUCCUCACCAACAUGGAUAUUAAAAUGGAUACUCAUAGUCAAGACUAUAACAAUAGCAAAUAAAAAAAAAGUCGUGGAUUUCUUAAAUAUGAACCUUUUACCAUUGUCUAUCCAUUGUCGUUUUGUUAUUUUUAAUAAAUCAAUGAUAAAUAUUC